GAUUCUUACCGAUUUGACCGAGUCAAGAAAUUGUUGAAAGUAUUUUUCCCUCUUACUCUCCCCUUCAAGACAACAACGCUACUUCCCGCUCGCGAUUCUGCACUGAAAUUCCUGCAUUUCAAUGACUAGUGACCCUGAAUCCAUUGUUGUCUAAAUUUCUUUCUCAAUUUUCUCAUUGAAGAUUAAUCCCUAUGAUGCUCAGAAGAUCCUUUCAAGUUAUCGGAAUUCCAUGGCCCGAUCUCAACGAUGGAUUGUUCUACAACGAUGUCGUUAAACCCUUCGACUCCGGGAAGUCUUUGAUCGAGUUCUAUUCUUGCAAAUAUAAGAGUUCGGCUCCACUGGAGGGCUGGUUGCAGCGAAUUAAGAACGAACAGAUAACGAUCGAUGGUCAGGUUAUUACAGAUCCAGAAACUAUUCUCAGAAUUGGUUCUGAAGUAGUCUAUCGUCGACUUCCAUGGAAAGAACCGGAUACCCCUUAUUUACUCGAGAUUCUAUACGAAGACGAUGAAAUGAUUGCUUUAAAUAAACCGUCUGGCUUGCAAGUAUUACCUGGCGGUGUUUUUCAGCAACGGACAGUUUUAACGCAGCUUCAGUGGUGGUCAAGUAAGCAGAGUUUCUCCGUCUCAGAAGAAUUGCACCCUGUCCCUGUUCAUCGCCUAGGAAGAGGGACUUCAGGAAUAUUAUUAUGUGCAAAAACAAAGCUCGCUAGAACACAGUUUGCUGCAUAUUUUGCUGAUGGAACAUCUUGCGUUAGGAGAAACGGAAACAGCACUAUGGAGGAAGUUACAAAAAGGAAAAUUUCAAAAAUAUACCGUGCACUUGUGACCGGAAUAAUUCAUGAUGAUGAGGUGAGCGUUGACCAUCCAAUUGGAAGGAUGCAAUAUCCAGGGGUUGCACAGGGCCUGUAUGUUGCCACUCCCUCAGGGAAACCAGCUUACAGUAAAGUCAACGUUCUUGAGAGAGACGAACAAGGCCAACACACUUUGGUCCAGGUAGAAAUUCAGUCUGGACGACCCCACCAAAUCCGCAUCCACCUUUCUUCAAUAGGACAUCCUCUAUUGGGUGAUCCUCUCUAUGUUGCUGGCGGGCAACCAAACUGCCUGCAUUCUGAGGUAGUAGAUCAGAGUUUUGCAGAAGACGGGUAUGAAGUUGGUGUUUCAAUGAAUAAAAAUUUUCAGGUGUUUGGAACAAGAAGUGGAAUUGUGAAAGGAGUAAAUAAAACAAAAACUUGAUAUUUUCUAGUUGUGGGCCUAGGAAUUGGACUAACACCCCCAAUAAAUUCGGAGCUUUAUUAAAGGAUCUUUUUGUUUGGGGUGAAUCAUGAAAUACUGACUAUAUGUUUGAUCUGAUAAAUCGAUGGGAAGUUCAUAAAAUUAAUUACCGGAUAAGCACUUUGAAAGGUUAUGGAAUGGCAUGCAUAGUGUAGCCAUAGAAUAGUUAAAGGCCCCGUUUAACAACCAUUUGUUUUUUAGUUUUUGGCUUUUGAAAGCUUGUUUUCUUACAUAUUUUGUACUAUAGUUUUGUUCUUCCUAACUAAACACUUGAACUCUUAACCAAAAUCUAAAAGCAAAAACAAGUUUUUUAAAACUAUUCUUUUAAGUUUUCAAAAUUUGGCUUGAUUAUCAAAAACACUCUUAUAAUUGAUUACAAAAUAAAGAAAAUAAUAGAUAAAAGUAGUGUUUACAAGUUUACUUUUUUAAAAUUUAAAAGAAAAAAAAACGAAAUGCUUACCAUUUAAGAUUACAGAAAUAGUUCGUAUCAAAAUGUUCAGCGUCCCCUUUCCUUCCAAGGAUAUUUCUUUUUCCAGCGAAGAAUGUAUAUUUAUACUAUUAUGUAU